AUGGGGUCUGAAAAAGCUGUUUUAAGUGUUGUGGAUUACAUUCUCUUCGCCCUCAUGCUCCUGGUGUCGUCGGGAAUCGGGGUGUAUUUCCGAUUCUCGGGUGGAAAACAGAAGACGAUAAACGAAUAUCUCUUGGCUGGAAAGAACAUGCCUAUUCUACCUGUUGCUUUCUCUAUCAUGGCUUCCUAUCUUUCAGCCAUCACAGUCAUUGGGACACCAGCAGAAGUGUACAUAUUUGGAAUUCAUUUAGCAUACACAAGUUUUACGUAUCCUUUAGGUGUCUUGAUUGUGUCUUAUGUUUGCCUGCCUGUUUUUUUCAAGAUGGGUGCAUGUACAGCCUACGAAUACUUAGAAAAACGAUUUGGAAAAUUAACUCGAACCUUUACUUCUGUGGUUUUUGUGGUGCAAACGAUGCUUUACAUGUCUGUAGUUUUAUACGCUCCAUCUCUCGCAUUAAGUGCGGUGACGAAUUUGUCCACUUGGACAUCUGUUCUAUCAGUUGGAAUGGUUUGCACGUUUUAUUGUACUUUGGGAGGAAUGAAGGCUGUGCUGUGGACGGAUUUGUUCCAAGCAUUGCUUAUGUUUAUUGGAAUCUUCGCAGUUCUUAUCAAAGGAUUUUCGGACUUUGGAUUCAGCGAGGUUUUCAGAAUCGGUUAUGAGGGAGGCAGAAUUGCAAUACCAAGCCUUGGUCUAAACUUAACUGAGAGAUACACUAUUUGGAAUGUUCUAACUCAAGGCUGUCUUUACGCUUUGAUGAAUUUUGGCGCAAAUCAGGUUCAAAUUCAGAGAUUGCUUACAUUGAAAAAUAUUUCCCGCUCUCGAAAGACAUUGUAUUUAAGCAUUCCUCUCAACAUUUUAUUUUACUGUCUCACCUGCGUCGUGGGCCUUGUGGUUUAUGCACAUUUCUACACAUGUGAUCCCCUUACAUCCCCUAGCAAGCCAAUAUCUGCUGCAGAUCAGCUGUUGCCUUACUACAUGAUAACGGUUCUCAGAUCGUAUCCUGGAUUACCUGGUAUCUGCAUUUGCGGAGUGUUCAGUGCUGCCCUGAGCACGGUGUCUUCAGCUAUGAACUCUCUUUCCGCGGUCACUAUGCAAGAUCUCGUCAGGCCUUUCCUCGCAUCCAGGAGAUACUCAGAAAAUACAAUGACUCUCACUGCCAAAGCAAUAACACUUUGUUACGGGGGACUUUGUAUCCUGCUGACAGUUAUGGCAACCUCUUUCGGAAACUUAGCGCAGGCGGCUAUAAUUUUCUGGGGAAUGUGCGGAGGUCCGAUUCUCGCUGUUUUUCUUCUGGGGAUGCUUACCACCAGGGCAAAUGAAAAAGGUGUAUUAAUUGGACUUUUGUGCAGCCUGUGCAUGACUGGGUGGAUUGGUUUUGGGACUUCGGCCCAUGGAGCUCGGCCAAAGUUUUUAACACUCUCUGUAGAAGGCUGUCAAACAAAUUCUACUUUGUCUAGUGCAACAACAUCAUCUAUUCUGAACUCCACUGUGAUGUCAUUAUUGUCAGAAUCUUCGAUACUCAGUACAACUCCUGUUCCCAAAAUUAGCGUUGAAACUCCGUACAUUUUCCCCCUGUACAGGAUAUCUUAUUUGUGGUAUGCGUUUCUUGGUAUGUUGAUUGGACUUAUAGUUGGUUACAUUUCUAGUAUUAUAAUCAGUCGUAUUACAGGUGAAUAUCCUGAUGUUGCAGAAGAAUGUUUGAGUCCUGUACUGAACCAGUUUUGGAAAAAGAAGAAGGGUUUUAAAGAAAAAGAAUUGGAUAUCCCAGAAGAAGAAGAAACAGAAUUCUUGACAAAUGCUGCAACAAUCAAAAACUCGACAGUUUAAUGUCGAAGCGAAUGAAUGGC